AUUUUCUUAAAUCUUGCAUCUGAUUGAAAUUUAUAAGAAUUCAUUAUUAUAAACAGCAGCAACUAUGGGUGCUAUUCUUUCAAAAGCAUUAAAAUUAAUAUUCUCUGUUGGCUGUGUUGUCGCUGGACUGGCUAUGUAUUGUUUUGAUAAACCUAUGCCUAUUUCUUUUCCUGGUGUGUCCGGUGGUUCCCUAAGUACUAUCUUUAUUUCAGCUGGGAUUUCUGGAGUUUUAGCUUGUCUCUUUAAUAAUAAGUGUACAUGGUUUGAAUUGUUUAAAGAAAUGUGUAAGGGUGCGCUUACUGGCAUAAUUUCAACUUUUUCAAGUGAAAUUGCUGGAAAUAUAGCACAUAGAUUAGCGUUUUCAGAUUGUGCGGUAAAAUUUAUGAAAACUUUCGCCAGUUCUUGUUCAUCAAUUAUAUUUAGGCACUAUUCUGAUGGAAACAAAAAACCGUUAACUAUUAAAGAGUUUAUUCCUACAUUCUUUUACAGUAUAUUGUCCUAUGGAAUAAACUUUGGACAUGAAGCAAUAUAUAAAAAGACUGUCGAAUCCGCCACGGACUUGUACCAAAAAACCAAAUUACAACUGGGUGAAUCCGGUUCCAUUAUCGACUUGUCUUAUCAUCUUAAAGAUUGGCGCUCAAAGCAAACCUUCUUAUCUCUCUCACUUCAACUUUGUGAUAAUCUUAUAACUAAACUGAGCGUUAAUUCAAUAAAACAAGUGAUUAGAAAUAAAAAAGUGAAGAUAAAUCAAACUCCUCAAGGUUAUUCCAUUAUGUUUAUGGAAUCUUUAAAAUCUACACUGGUUUCAUUUGUUCAAACCGGUAUCACUUAUCAUGAAGAAGUUGAAAAUAAAGAUAAACUUAUUUACAACCUUGCAGAGAUUGAGAAAAAAGGGUUAAACAUCCAAUGUGUUGAUGAUCAAAAUUCUAUUAGCUCGUUCAAUGAUCCAAAGAAAGUGGAGGAGCUCUUUACUAAACCAGUUGAAUUUGAACCGAGUGAAAUCGAUCCCGAUUCUGACUCUGAUGAUAAUAAUUAUACCAAAGCUAAUAAUAUGAAUGAUAAUAAAGCUAGCUUUACAACAUCAAAAACUCCAAAUACUCGUGAUAAGAUCAUCAAUGGGUCACGUUCUUGGAACGAAGGUGCAAAAAUUUAUUCCACGAGAGAUGCAAUUGAAACUUUCCGAUUUCAAUAUGAAAGACAUAAUAAUAACGUUGCUUAUGAGUCUGGUGAUGAUGUUGAUCAAACUCCAACUAGUUAUGAAUAUGUGUACGUUAAUGUUCGUUCAAAUAGCAGUUUACCCGUAUCCACAUCAUCUUCGACCAAUAAGGAUAGUGGUAAAAAAGGGAAAUUCAAAGCUACAAAUGAAAGUUCCGAUUUGUUUCUAUCUAAUCAAGAUAAUCAAUAUUUUACUAAGAAGCAAAAUCUACCUGAGGUAGUAAAUGAAGCGAGCACACAUUUAGGAGUUAAACUUCAUCCGAUAAUCUGUUGGGAUGCAGAUAAACAAAAGUAUAUCUUUUCAGACCCGAACGAAUGGCCGGCUUUCCCUCAUAAAGCCAAAGUCAUCGGAUUCGUUGGGACAAAAAAGUCUGGACGUACUACAGCAAUUCAUAGUCUCUUAUUCGAAUUGGGUUACUUUUUAACUGAAGAUCAGCUAGCGAAGUCAUUAUUACCAAUUGGUGUAAUGAUGUACGUUCUGAAAAAACAUGACUUAAUAUUUCUGGACUGUUGUGAUAUUGCAGAUUCUUCCAUAGAUAAAGCCGGAAAUCUUCUUUCAGGAUAUCUACUUGAAUUCUUUACCUAUAUGGCUUCCUGUCACUUAGUCAUUCACACGGCAAUUCCUGCAAAGAAAGAAGGUGACCGAUCUAUGUUUUCAGAAACACUUACUGAUUAUAUUCAUGCAAAGGCAAAACUUCAACUAUUGUGGUCCAAUACAAUUCAAACAUUUGGACCAUCAAUGCUCACUGUCCUAGUUCGCGGUACAAAACAACAGUGUGAGGAAAUGGACUUAGAUAAAAUCAAUUUAUUUUCUUCUCAAUCAAACAAUGAUGAAUAUGACAAAAUCGUAUUUACGCAUGGAUUUCAAGAUUCUAAAGCAUUUACCUGGCAGUACAUCCCCGAAGAAAUGAUAACUGUGCGAACUCUUGCAAAUGACAAAUUUGCAGUUCCUUCGGCAAUUCUAAGGCGUGUGAAAGAUGAAACUGAGCCUCAUGGACUUUCUAUAAGUGUGCAAGCUAUUAUGGAGGGAAUUACUGUUGGUGAAUGUGUAGCUAAUAAUGAAAAUCUGAAACCUUUUUAUAAUAGAGUUGAAGCAAAUUGGAAAUAUCUCUUUAAUAUAAUUAUGUCUAAUAGUAUACUUGCUCAAAGUGUUGCUGAUUUUAUUAAUUAUGAAACGAUUAAAGAAGCCGAUGACAAAACAGGUGGUUUAAUUCAAGAAUACAUCGAAUCAGUAAAUAAUCUUGUCAAAUACUCAGCAUCUCAAGGGUCAGCGUUAGAAACCAAUUUCAGAGCAAUGUGCGAAGACUUUAAGAAUCGAAUGGAUAUUGAAAUGAAUAAACCCAAUGACGAACAAGAUCCUACCAUUGGCUUCAAAUUAAAUAUUGAAAUUGCAAAGUGUCUUCUUGAAAGUUCGAAAACAGAGACUAAUUUACAAAUAAAAGAAAAUUUGAUAUCGUGGGGUCUUCAUGGCCUAACGCUGAUCCAUAAUCGUUCAACACCUAAAGUUCUUGAGCAUACAUGGAUGAAGCUUUGUAUCAAGACGUAUAACAUACUUGAAAUCUUGAACGAUCCCGUUAUUUACAAUGUUCAUUGGCACUGUUGGAACUUUUUAUCAUUUGCCAGCUCUUGUGGUUUUAAAUUGGAACUUAUUGGAUGGAAAAUACUGGAGCGUGCAUUGCAAUGUCUCAAAACAUCAGCUAAUAAACCUCAAUUUCACUUUCAUGUUCUCAAAUGUUUUCUUAAAUUUCUUGAGACUGAACCUUAUCUUCCAGUAAUAAUUAGUCCUUUGAAUAAUGACAUAUCAAAUCAAACUUCAUCGUUACAAUUAAAUGAGGAACAAUAUUACCGACUUAAACAAAUGACUUAUUAUGGAAUAAUGGAAUAUUCGAAAAAGUGUGUUAGAGAUGCUGCAGAAAGGCGAAAGCCGACUAAUAUGGAAAAUUUUUUGGAAGAUAUUAUGAAUAUUAUUAACAAACAAAUCAAAAUUUUGAUAAGUUCAGCAUUAACAUCAUCUCACAAUGAACCUUUCUCGAUCUUACCUGAACAUCAGCAGUUCGCUAUUGUUAGUGUUGCAUUGGAACGGUUAAACACCGAUAUUGCUCUUUAUGUCUCUAAAUACAUCUUUGGCGGUGAGGGAUUAAUCGAUGUCUUUCUUCCAGAUUCGCCUAUUGAGGCAUUGCAAGACUAUCACGAAGCGGUUCGUAAUUACAGAUGGUUGCUUUUACAACGAAUUGCUAGACUCCGAGAUGAUGAAUGUACCCAAAACCUUAUUGAAAAUACUCUUUCUAGCGUCGUCGGUUUCUUAAAAAAUUUGCCAUAUGAUGAAGCAUCCAAAAAAUCUCAUUCAUAUGCAGUUCUCUUCGCAAAUGCCUUAAUGUUUUCUGGAAAUAUCAUGCAAAAACGUCAACAAGUCAAGAAGAAAAGUCAAGUAACAUCAUCGUUUUCCCGACAACCAAUGACCAUAAAUGAUAUCAAUAAAAAGAAGGAAAAGAUUGAAAAUGAAGAAUAUGGAGAGGUUCGCAUAGAGUUACUUUUGCAAAAAUGUUUUAGAUCUGUAUUACAAGAGUUUUUGCGUGGGUUGAAAUCCAAAGAUCAAAAAGAAUAUCUCAGCUCAGAAAAAGUUCGACAUUAUACACAAUAUGUUAAUAACUUAUUGUUCGCUCCUCAUAAUUCUCGAAUUCAAGCCUUGUCUUUGGACCAAAUUUCUGUUGUUGAACGAAAUAUGCUUCGAUUAAUGACCUUUCAAAUAAUGGAUCUUUAUAUAAAAACUCUUUGGAAACACGAGUUAGAAAAGGAGGAACCCGCCGUGUCAAAUCAAAUUUCAAUCGUAUAUAACACACGAGCAUCUUUGAGGUUAUUGAAUCGAAUUUAUUGGAUGAUAACUAAAAAAGAUAAUAUUCAAGGACUUUCCAUUAUUUUCGGUUCUUCAACAAACACAACAUCUGGGCAAAGUAUUAUUCAUUCCCUUCCUUCUUCUAAUGAUGUGCAUUCCUCGGAAAUUCUAGCCGAUGAAAUGAUCCAACGUAUUGGCCUUAACAAUUGGCAAAACCUUAUAACUCUAACUUCCAUUCCACGCAUCCUAUCUGAUCAUGCUUCUAAAAUAGAUCCUGAUAAUUCAUUAAACUUUCGCGAGGCUAUAUUUGACGUGCGAGAUGAAGCUUUAAUCCUCCUUUGGAAUCUUUCCGAGUGUAGUGGCGUCUCGCUUGGAGUAUCAAAAAAGGUCAUGACCGUCAAUGAUUUUCGAUCAGCAAAUGUGGUUGGUGAAUUCUCAGACAUGUCAACUUUUGAUGAGGAUGGAAUAAAUCGGAUUAGAUUCCUUGUCAAUCGAGUCAUAAGUCAGAUAUAUACUGAUACUACCACUGUUAAUGCUGAGAUUACAAAUCAAGAACUACAUAAUCGUUUUAGAAUUGGCAAAAUUAGAGCCAUUGAAUCGGCAAAACGUGUUACAAUUUCUGAGAAUAUCGAAAAGCAAAUGGAGGAGCAAAAAUUAGAACCUGAUUUUCAAGCAAUGAAAGAGGCUAGAUUAAGAAAAUUUAAUAACAAGUAACUUUUUAAAUACGAUAUCCGUAGUUAGUAACAAAAAUUUGCUUAAGACUAUACAUAUACAGUAUAUAAGUGCGUGAUAAAAAGUCAUAGCAGAUAUUCCACAAAAAAUUCAUUUUAUUAUUAUAAUCCCUUUAGUAAUUAGAAUUUUUUAUAUUUAUCGCAGUAUGUACGACAGUAAAGUUUUAUAUUUCUUAUUUCGUAUUAAUUAACCCAAAUAAAGAAGAAAAUAUUUACACACUACAUCCUGCAUAACGUCAACCAGCA